UCCGUAUCGGCAACUGUCAACGGUGUUCCCACAGCAGUCAGUCCCUCAUUUGAUCGGCCNCAAGAUGGUCCGCCGGGUAGCAGCAUUCUGCGAGUGACUCAGCUGGGUCUCAACCUGACAAGCAACGGAGCCAAGAUUUGCAUCACCCUCAAACCCAACAGCGCCGGUCAGGGCUGCACCACGCUGGAGCAGCUGUGCGUUCCACCCAAUGGCAUGGCGCCGGGGUCGUGCAUAGCCGCCAUGUUUGAUUACUCGCUGGACUGCUGCCCAAUUACACGCUGCCAGCCUACCAAAGUCAGCGUCUGCGGUUCGUUCGUUUCCGAGGAGGAAGCCAGGAAGCUGGAGCCCUGGGCCGCCCUCCAGAGCCCGUUAUGGGCGACAAACAUCAACUGGAGCUCGUCUGCGGCGCAAGGCGGCGAGAUUUGCAUUGAGCUGAAGAACACCACGACGCUGUCACAGCUGUGCCUGGGCGAUCGACCAAACACUGCGUGGAUCAGUUUGUUCAACAAGAACCGGAAGUGCUGCCCGACCUACACCGCUGCGGUA